UUGUUGGGUUUUCUUUUGUAAAAUGGGAGGAGUAAACCCUGCUUCCACAGAACUGCUGUAGCUCAGUUGUUCCAGUAAAAGCAGUAAACACGCCCAUUUUGCCUAAUCCUUCGACGGGGAAGUGAGUUAAGGGGGUGGUGGUGUUCCCAAAAGCUCCCUCAGUGCCACGAGUGCGUAAGAAUGUAAACUUGGUUAAACUAAAUAUGCUAAACCAACAGAUCUGACUUUUUUAGCGGUCAAUCCUUAGGAUCACCUGGAAGUCAUUUUAUUCUACUUGCUGCCAAACACAACGAUUAUUGGGAUGGGUGCCUUAAUCCUCAUUCUGCAACUAGUUCUUUUAUUGACUUUUGGCUUCAUUGAAUCUUCUGAAGAUCCUACAAGAGCAGAACCUAACCUGGAUCUGCGAUGCCUGAACGAUUUCCUAACAGAGAUGAUGUGCCUUUUGACCUCACAGAGUGACCUUGACAGUUGCUCUGGAUACAGUCUGAACGUGUCUCGCCAUGAUAAAUCAUAUACAUGUGAUUUCAAGCAACUUAAUUCCAGUACAUGCGAAUGCUUAGUUCAUGUGAACUCUAGCUUUGUUCUGGGUGAGAACUACAAGUUUAACGUGUUGAGAUGGAACAACUUGUUGUUAACUAAAAGUGUCAGCACUACAGAAAGCAUUAAGCCUAAAAAACCAGUCAUUGUGUCAGUCAGUCAGACACAGAAUGGAAACUUUCGCAUUGUCUUGGACAACAUAUAUAGGACUGAAGAACCAGUAUUCAAUGAAUACUUGAUUCUAGAGCUCACUUAUUAUAUUGAAGGAAGCAGAGGAAGUGAAAAAACUGAGACAUUGGCAUCAAACCAGUGGAAAUAUGAGCUUGUAGGCAGAAACCUUGAGUCAGCUUCCAACUAUAUUGUGAGGGCCAGAGUGAAAUCAACCUUAAAUUCAAGAUUCAGUGACUACAGUGAUCCAUAUAGGUUUACCACACCCUCAUCUCCAAAGGACCUUCUCAAGAUAAUAAUUCCCAUUGUGUGUGUAAUUCUGAUCAUCUGCAUAUUCACCAUCUACUACUCUUAUAACAAAAUCCUGACAGAGUGGUGGGACAAGAUUCCUACUCCGAAAAUAGCUACUAGUUUUGUAAAACAGGUCCCAAACUUGCUGUCAUUUCAAAAUGAGUUCUCGCCUGUCCAUCUCGACUCUUCAAAAUUGGUCCACUCUGGGGAGAAGACAUGGCCAGCGUCUUCCCUAGUAGACAUUGGACGUGAAAAUAGCCUCAACAGCCUUGGUAAAGAUGGCACUUCAGCUGAAGUGAUUUACGGCCAAACAGGCAAUGAGAGUUUAGAAGAAAACAGCAGUGAAAAUAUCAGGCACUGGGAACUUGUUAAAGAAGCUCAGUCAACAUUCCUUCGACAAAUGCCAAUGUCAAACAAAUAUUAUAAAAACCUGAAAUCAGACAGUGAUGAUUGCAAUGUCCAAAGGGAGAGUGGGAAUAGCUCUGGCUUCAGUAACAAGUUCUAUAUGAUGUCUGACUCUGACAAGUUUCCCAACCCAGCUAUUAACCACUUUAUCAGUGACUUUAAUGUGAGUGAGAAUGUGUUUCCUGCUCUGGCUAAAAACCUAGACCCAGUGAUACUGACAGACUUUGAGUACGGACCGUGUACCGGUUGCUCAUUGUCUGAAAACACCAGCCCGACUCAGUUCACAUCCUACACCAAUGACAUUGCUGUGGUUCCUGGAUAUCAGAGCGUCAGUGAGGUUAGAGAUUGUGCAUCUACAGACCAAGCAUUUAUCAGCUCUCAUAAUGAUGUUAAUCUGAUCAUGGAAAAGCUUCUCCACUGCAAAAACCCACAGAAUACUUCCUGUGAAACCACCAUCAUCCCAGUCGAGAACGGCUAUAAAGAUUUUCAGAGCUUACUCCAAAAUUCGGGAGAACAGCAGAGCUUCACCACUGAAACCGAAUUAAAAGAUCUUUGUGGCCCGACUUUGCAUACUUCUCCAGGUAUUCAAAUUGACUGUUCCUAUCACAGGGUUUGAAUUCCCAGCACAGAAGAGAAUUUCCAGAAUUGUAUUUACAGAAAAGACAUAGCAUGUUUAAAUAUCAUUUUUAAUCCACUACCAAUUAAGCAGUGAACUCGUGCUUAAAAAAAAAAAAAAGUGUGUAUUCUUACUACAGACUUGCAUACAACUCGAUAAACACAGUACAGUAAGUUGCUUGUAUGUAAUGAAUGACUCAGUAAAACAGAAUGACUUUGGCAGUAAAAAAGUUAAAUGUCUAAUGUUAAAGUAGAAGUGUGGUAGAAGUAUCUGGUAUAUUAUAGUAUUGUGGUCAGUAACGCAACAAAAAACAAAUAAUAAUUACAAAUGGAUAAUACAUUUAGAUAUGGUAAAGUAAAACGUCACUGAGGAAAGAUAAAGAAGUACAGUUUUGUGGUGUAUAAUUACAGAACUUGUGAAGCAUGUGUAAACCAAGUUGCCUUACCACUUCCUCAGGGUCUCUCACUUAAAAAUGGUGAUCCUCUCUUGUGUAAUGACAUCACAAUUUAACAUGAGAUCUAAGAUAAGACAGCACACAUUUGACCCUGUAGAAUUAUUAAGUAUGGAUAAACAACUACAGAGCAGAUUUUCCAGCUAAAUAUAGUAAUGUGAACAUCCAUGUUUAUUAUUAUAUAGUCUACUAGAAGCCAGGAAUCUGAAAGACAAACAUUUCAUCAGAAGCGUCAUGGGAAUAUUAUCCAUGAUGGAUUGUUACGUAGGUGUUAUGCAUCUGAAAAGACUUUAACAAACUAGUCCAAUCUGUUAGUUCCUCUGAAUGCAAAGUUACCCUUUUAAGAAAAGACCUGGUCAUAGAAUGUACAUCAUGGAAUAUAAACUGUAACUGUGUAAAUCUUUUGAGAUUUUAUCAAUGCUGCCAUAUGUGAUUACUGUACACUGUAUAAUACAAGUAGUUUUUGCCUUUGAAUAUUCGGUUUCCUUUCAGAGUUGUUUUUGGUGGCAGGGCUGUUCUGUUUUUUUUUUCAGCUUGAGUUGGUCUUCCCAAACACUAAGGGUGAGUGUAGAACAAGGCUUGUUAUGAUCUGUUCAAUGUUAUCGCCACUGUUAACAGUAGAGGGACAUGUUUGGACUAAGUGAAUAAUUACGAUUGGGUUCUGCAGAGGUCAAAGCACAUGCUAAGCAAAGUACAGACAUAAAGAACUCCAACCCCAAUUCCGAAAAUGUUGGGACAGUACGUAAAAUGCAAAAAAACAAACAAAAAGUGUCAUUUGGAAAUUCAGUUCACCCUGUACUAUAUUGAAAACACAUCAUUAUCACACUAUUCGAUGUUUUACUUUGUGAAUUUAAUUUCUUUUUGAAAAUAUACACUCAUUUCAAAUCUGAUGACUGCAACACACUCCAAAAAAUUUGGGACAGUUUACCAAUGUGUAAAAUCACCUUUUCUUUUAAUAACACUUAUUAAGUGCUUGAGCACCGAAGACACCAGUUGGUUAAGUUUAGCAAGUGGAAUUUCCCCCCAUUUAUCCAUUAUGCAUUUCUUCAGCUGUGGUUUUUAAUUCAGUUACGUCUGAGGGAUCGGAGAUCACGCGCAUUCAGAAGUGGUUUUCGGCCGUGCCCUUUAUGCACCGAGAUAUGAUAGGAUUCCUUGAAUCUUUUCGUUAGAUUGUGCACUGUAGAAGGUGAAAUGCCCAAAAUGUUACCAAUUUGCCUUUGGGGAAUAUUGUUCUCAAAGUGUUGGAUUAUUCGCUGACGCAUCUGUUUGCAGAUUGGCGAGCCUCGACCCAUCCUUGCUCUUGAAGGACUAGGCCUUUUUGGAGGCUCCUUAUAUACUAUGAUUAGACGAUUGCCUCACCUGUUUCACAUCACCUUCUUAUUUCAACUUGUCACAUUGCUAUUAGUCUUAAAUUGCCCCUGUCCCAACUUCUUUGGAACGUCUUGCAUGCAUCAAUUUCAAAAUGAACAUUUAUCUUCAAAAAACUAUGCAGUUCAUUAGGUAAAACAUCAGAUACCUUGUCUUUAUAAGUUUUUUGCUUAAAUACAAGUCAAAGUACAUUUAUAAAUCUCUCCUCUUUAUAUUAUUAGCAGUUUCCAUACUGUCCAAACUUUUUCGGAAUUGGGUUUGUAAGAUUACUGAUAUGCAUCAGCAGUACAAGAGAACACAAGACAAGAAGGGAAUGUACUGUAUACACAAGCUCAGGAAGAGCUGUGAACAAACUGGACAGAGAUACUAAAUCGUUAAGGACGUGUCAGGGUGGAGCUGGAACAGAGCCUGAGAAACUGACACCUGUAAAGAUGUAUAGUACCACAAUUAGUUUCUCUUGAAAUCUCUUGAACAUUUCAGCAAAGGGUGGAGUGGCAUAGCGGAAAGUGUUGAGGCCUCAAAACUCCAGGGUCUUCAGUUCGAUCCUCCACUCAGGUUAAUGGGGCUCAUUCUUCAGGCUGGAUACAAACAGAUUAAUACUUAAAAUAGUUUUUACAUAUAGCAUUUAGACAAGAAAUUUGGUAUUCAUGAAAAUUCUGUAAGUUCGAUUAAAAAAAAGUUUGUAUUUUACUCGUGCUUCUGAGUGUGAAAUUUAUUUAGAAGAAGACUAACUCAUGUAAAACUUGAUCGAUCAGCUUCAAAUCAUCAUUUGCUAUUUUAUAUACGAAUUUUAUAUAUAUACAUAUAUAUAUAUAUAUAAUAUAUAUAUAUACAUAUAUAUAAUUACAAUGUCAAGUUUAAAUAGCUGAUGUAUUUCAAACAUUUUGUGAACCCCACUCAUUUCAUAUUAAUGGCAUCAAUUAAAGAAAUCCAUAAAUGAAACUGAAGGUUAUUCAAUUUAGAAGAAAUGCCACGUAAUUGUCUUUUAAUGCUGUGCAACACUUUAUUAGAGCCAGAACUAAUGACGAUAAGUGACCAAUCUGGUAUGACUCAAGCUGCAAUAUGACUGUAUUAGUGUGCUGCGUGCCAAUAUUGUACACAGGCCUUCCUGCUUUUCCAACGCCAACACGGCGUCAGGGUGGGUACUGGUAUGCGAUGCAUGUCUGGCCAACAGUCGCCAAGACACUGCUUCAAAUAAUAAAUUAUAUAUAUAUUACAGGUGAUUGGUGUUAAUCAACAGUAACGCAAACAGGUACGAAGAAAAUCAGCGUUUCAAAAAACUUGUAAAUCUGCCAGAUAUUUAAUAGUAUGGUUUGGCUUACGCAAACAUUCACACACAACUUUAAUAAAAGAUUUAAAAGAUAAGUGUGACCUGGACUUGUGUAGAGUUUUGUAUGUUUUUCUUAAGUUUCUCUGGGUUCUUCAGAGUUCAUUGCACAUCCCAAAAACACGCCAGGACAUGUUUAUGAUGCAGUGGCAUCUCAUUAUAGGGUGUAUUCCCACCUCAUGGCCAUUUUCCAAGUGACAGGCUCUCCAAUCAGAAAUUUCACGUCCUGAAUAUAGAGAAAUCAAUAGUCCAUUGUCUAUAUGUGAGUGCAAGAUGUUUAUCUGACCUUUUCUGGUUCUUCUGUUGCUUGCUCUGACACGUCUUGCAUCAUAUUGCAUCAUAUUAAGAUGCAUGGGAGGUCAGUUAUGCUGGAUAAUGCAGACUCAUAUUUCACCUUAAUCACAGACAGGAAGCGAUGCAUGUAGAAAGACGAGGUAAAUGAGUAUGCAGGAAUGUUUCAAGAUUGAAUGUGAUACCCGAGGCACAGGUACCGUUCUUGUCAGGCAGGAGAACGAGGGCGGUUAUGUAUUAAUGUGUGUUUUGUACACAGCUCUGUGUCACAUUUGGCAAAAAUCACUUGUAAUGUGAAUGUAUACUUUCAUAUGUUUUCCUUUCAGAUUCAAAUAUGUAACCACAACAAGAUCAGUCACGUCACAUUUCAGGUUCUGCCUAUACAUGUGCAUGUUAUGAUGUUCUUGCAUUAGCAAGAACAAAUUGAACUGAAACUGAAUUAAUCUUAUGUUAUUCAUUUGUGCUGAAUUGUUCUGUAAGAAUGACUGUUGGUGCUGGUUUGGUUUUUGGUCUUGGUUUAUGUUAUUCGUUUUUGCUAAUAUGAGUUAUAUGCAACUUUUUAUUGCUUUUAGCUGAAUUCAUUACACAUCGCUACAGAAGAAUUAUUAACUGCCUCGGAAGCAUGACACUUACUGUUGUUCAUGACGCGUAUGAGGUAUGACGCAAGUCUCUGCGAAAUGUGUACAUGUCACAUGAAUAUCGUCAAGCUAGAAAGAUCAGGCUUUUACAUGAAUGUCUGUUACCAUGGUUUCACAAUAUUUACUAUGCUUUAUCCAUGGUUUUCAAA